AUGCAGCUCCUCGGUGCGACUCUUCUCGCCGUCAUACCGGCCGCCCUCGCUGUUGUCUACGACGAUGUCUCGCAACUACCUAGCUCGAUCUACGAUUUUGUUGUCAUUGGUGGCGGGACUUCGGGGCUUGUGGUAGCCAACAGGCUGACGGAAGAUGCAAACGUGACUGUCCUCGUCCUUGAAGCUGGAGUGACGAACCACGGCGUGCUGGACUCGGAAAUUCCAUUACUAGCACCUGCUUUAUGGGGCUCCCAAUAUGACUGGAACUAUACGACUACCCCACAACCAGGUUUAGAUGACAGAGAGAUCCCAUAUUUCCGAGGCAAACUUCUCGGAGGUAGCAGCUCGAUCAACUUGAUGGUUUAUACCAGAGGUUCUGAUAACGAUUGGGACAAUUAUUCUGCAAUCACCGGGGAUUCAGGAUGGUCUUGGGACAGCAUACAACCCUGGAUUCGAAAGAACGAGCUUUUCAUACCGCCAACACCCUCAGUGUUUGACCCCCGAUAUGAUCCACUGGUGCAUCACCAAAACGGUCUCGUGGACGUCAGCGUGACGAACUACUUCUGGCCGUCUGCCCCGCGUGUGAUCAAAACCACCAUCGAGCAGCCGCUGCAAUUUCCGUACAGGCUGGAUGCUAACGACGGCAAUGUUCUGGGAGUCGGAUGGGCGCAAGCGACAAUUGGGAAUGGCACCAGGAGCAGCGCAGCCACAGCGUAUCUGGAUGGCUUCACGACCAGAUCGAAUUUGCAUGUGAUGCUACAUGCUCAGGCAACGAAGGUUUCAGCCAGCUCUGCUCAGGAUGGAAUACCGGUAUUCGACACGGUCGAGUUCGCUACCAAUGCCACAGGUCCAAGGUAUACUGUGGUCGCGACGAAAGAAAUCAUACUGGCUGCAGGAACAUUCAAUACCGCGCAGCUGCUUCUCCUGUCGGGUAUCGGGGACCCACAGGUCCUCGCCCCGCUCAACAUCACGUCCGUUGUUAACCUUCCAGACGUCGGAAAGGGAUUGUCCGACCAUCCGCUCGUUCCAGCGUCCUGGACGGUAAACUCGAACCGCACGUUCGAGACCUUCCUCGGAAACUCGACUAACUUCGCUGCCGCACUCGCGCAAUGGGAAGCCACGCGUACCGGGCCCUUCAGCUUCACGCUGCCCGAUAUGUACGCAUGGGAGCGCAUACCGCUCAACGACUCCAUCUUUCAGGGCGCCUCCGACCCGUCAUCAGGCCCCCACUCUGCGCAUUACGAGUUCCUAUUCGCCAGUGGCUUUGUCGGCGGUGCUGCACCUAGCGGGCUGAACUUCUUUACGAUUGAUGUUGGUGUGAUCUCGCCUACUGCACGUGGCACUGUGUCUCUUCGAUCCAGUGAUCCGUUCGAUCCUCCGCUGAUCAACCCCAACAUUCUCGGCACCGAUCUGGACGCCCAGAUCAUGGUCAAGGCCCUGAAAGCUGCUCGUCGCUUCGUAGAGAACUCGCCUGCAUGGAAUGGAUAUAUCAUCGCGGAAUUUGGCGCGUUUGCAAAUGCGACGACAGAUGCGGAGUUAUUGCAAUAUUCCAGGGAAAACGCUGGCACAAUUUUUCAUGCUGUCGGGUCGUGUCAAAUGACCGCCAGCAACUCAUCGUCUGGGUGCGUGGACCCCGACUUGAAGGUGAAAGGGACGAAAGGCCUCAGGAUCAUCGAUGGUAGUGUUUUGCCAUUCGUCCCCAGCGCGCAUACUCAGGUUCCUAUCUAUAUCAUAGCGGUAAGUUUCCAUAUCGAUAACGUGGAUCAACCUUCAAUCAGUUUACAGGAGAGAGGCUCCAGCCUUAUUAAGAAUGACUGGAAUCUCGCCUAG